GGCCGAUCCUGGGUGCGCCCCUGGGCUGACCUGGGCUGACCGCCUGGGGUGCGACCCGGACCGUGCGGGCGAACAACGGGCCGGGAGCGCUGGUGCUACGGCUGUGCUGCUGCGAGAGCUCAGUGACCGUGAGUGAAUAACGAGUGAUCGUCCCGGGCUCUCUUCUUCCAGCGACAAAGUGCGAAUCGUAGAAUCAAUGGGAUCACGGUAGUACGACUUAAUUUUCGGUCAUGGCGCUGCCCGUAUCCAGAAUUCUGAUGACGGACGGCAUCAACGUGCAGUGUGCCGAGAUCCUGCGCAGCCAGGGUCUGCACGUCACCGUCGCGCCGAAAAUGUCCAAGGACGAGCUCAUCAAGCAGCUGGAGAGCCACGACACGCUGCUGGUGCGCUCGGCCACCAAGGUGACGUCACAGGUGAUCCAGGCGGCGCCGACGCUGAAGCUGAUUGGUCGAGCCGGAACGGGCGUGGACAACAUUGACCUCGACUCGGCCACCAGGCACGGCGUGCUCGUCAUGAACACGCCUGGAGGAAACACUCUGAGCGCCGCCGAACAUACAUGCGUCAUGAUCGCCGCACUCAGCAGGAACUUGGUAACCGCCUGCACUUCUCUCAAGGACGGCAAGUGGGAAAGGAGUAAGUUCAUGGGCUCUGAACUGUACGGCAAGACUCUGGCGGUGCUCGGCCUCGGGCGGAUCGGACGCGAGGUGGCGCACCGAAUGCGCUCCUUCGGAAUGAAGGUGAUCGGCUUUGACCCGAUGGUGUCAGCCGAGGCGGCCCGCGAGUUCCACGUCGAGAAGCGCGAGCUGGACCAGAUCUGGCCCGACGCCGACUACAUCACCGUCCACACGCCGCUCAUACCGCAGACCAGGAAUCUGAUCAGCGCCGACUCUCUGUCCCGCUGUAAGCCCGGGGUUCGGGUGGUGAACGUGGCGCGCGGCGGGAUCGUGGACGAGGCGGCGCUGCUGGCCGCGCUGGAGUCGGGCCAGUGCGCCGGCGCCGGCCUGGACGUGUUCGCCGAGGAGCCGCCGACCGACCUGCGGCUGGUGCGGCACCCGGCCGUCAUCUGCACACCGCACCUGGGCGCCAACACGGGCGAGGCGCAGCGGCGCGUGGCCGUCGAGCUGGCCGAGCAGAUCUGCACCGCCGUCCGGGGUGGCCCUCUGGCCGGUCUGGCGAACGCCGCCUGCCUGACCAGCGCUUUGAGCGGGGAGAGCCGGCCGUGGCUGCAGCUGGGCCGCGCCCUGGGAGCCGUCACCGGACAGCUGGCCGGGGUCGGCUCCGGACGGCCCUUCGAGCUGCAGGUCACACUCCGAGGCCAGGAGAUGUCGCACAUGCGGCCGUUCCUGGGCUCCUCGGUGCUGGUCGGCCUGAUGUCUGGGAUGACGCAGAACGGUGUCAACCUCAUCAGCGCGCCGCUGCUGGCCCGGGAGGCCGGCAUUCGGGUCACCUGUCUGCUGGAGGACCCCGAGGCCACGGCGCGCACCGUCACUGUCACGGUGGAGCUGGACGGACGGAGACACACGGCAAACGGCACGGUGCAGGGUGAGCAGGCGACGCUGCUCGAGCUGGACGGCUCCGUGUUCGAGUCGGGCGUCACUCUCGGCGGCAACAUGCUCUUCUUCCAGGCGGACGGCAGCGGGGCGGCGCUCACUGAACUCAUUUCGACUCUGGCGGCGGCGCAGGCGCAGCUGCAGUCGGUGCUGACAUCUAGCGGCAGCAGCGGCAAACCCCUGGUGGCCGUCCGAACUCAGAGCAAACUGGAGACACCAGAGCUUCUACAGACCCAGCACGCCAAGUUCAUGCUGCAAACCGAGUUUUGAUUGGCCCGUCACGCGGAAUGUGACGUCAUGAGAUUGUGAUGUCAUCUGAGGACCAUAGGAUCGUGAUUCGGGGCAUAGGGAUGCCGGGAGAGCGUCCUUCAACGAGAUUCAUUAAUUUUUUUGACUGUAUUAACGUUUAUCUGUCAGAGAAGAAGUCAUAUAGCUCUGGACGAAACGGCGGCCAGGUUGUCUGAACGGUGAAAGACAUCUUUGCUGCCGAUUAUUAGCUAGAAGUGCAUCUAAAAUUGCGAUAUUUGCGAAUAGAGUGCGAACGUUUUUAGCCUUCGAUCUGUGACUUAGUCAGGUCUGAUUUUACUAUUGUGAUGCGUAUUAGAGAGGUUUUAGCUAGAGGGCCGCGACAGACAGUUGCCUAUUGGUGUCACAGGAAUGGUGCUGCCAUGUGGCGACUAAGUGCCGUAGUCUGCGGGUUUCGGCGGCCGGCCGUCGCCGCUGUGGUUCCAGCUUUCAUCUCUCACUCGGCCCGGUGCCGCCAGCACUGACUAGGCCGUCCAUCUGUACAUAGUCACCCAUCUGCCGGGGCGGCCCGUGGUCCCCGAGACACGCCGACCGUCCAGCGCCAGCGUGUAUUUUUACCGGGGCGCCGGCGCCGUAUCCUCAGACUGUAAAUACAUGUCGGGGGCGACUCCGACCCACACAAA